UUCCUUUGCAGAGUUUCAUAAGUGCCGCAGCCCCAACUGCAGACUGUUGAUACGCACUCGCAUGGGAGGAUCUACGGAGGUUUCCACUUGUUCCUCUUGAACCAAAACCCGCUAAAUACGCAGCCCGGCAUCUCACGGAGCGAUCAGCAGAACAUGGCACGGACUUUGAGGCUGUUUGCGAGUUGUUUGUUGUUCUUUCUCUCCUCCGGUGCGGAAGCGAAGCGCGGCAGGGAGAGAGUUUACUAUGUGGGGAUCAUUGAGGAUUCGUGGGAUUACGCACCAAGUGGAAAAAACCUGCUUAACGGUCAAGACGUCGCAAAUGACGAGCACGCGUCUGUGUUCCUGGAAAGAGGUCCCCACCGUAUCGGCAGUGUUUAUAAGAAGGCUAUGUUCCGACAGUACACAGAUGCUACGUUCAGCCACCUGGCACCCCGACCCACCUGGCUAGGCUUCCUGGGGCCCAUACUGCGAGCUGAGGUUGAUGACAUCAUUGUGGUCCACCUGAAGAACUUUGCGUCCAGGAACUACUCUAUGCAUCCUCAUGGAGUUUUUUAUGAGAAGAACGCAGAGGGGGCGCUCUAUCCAGAUGGGACAUCAAACAAGCUGAAGGAGGACGACUCUGUUCCUCCAGGAGGCAGCUACACCUACCGCUGGGAGGUCAGGCCAGAAUUUGCCCCCACGGGUGACGAUGCCAACUGUCUGACCUGGGUCUACCACUCCCAUGUGGAUGCCCCCAAGGACAUCGCCUCAGGCCUCAUCGGGGCUCUGCUCACAUGCAAAAAAGGAAUCUUGAAGGAGACUAACGAUCUAGUCCAGGGUCAGAGAAAGCCCGGGUCGGUCAUAGAGUCAGCCCGAAAUGAUGUGGACCAGGAUGUCUUCCUAAUGUUCAGUGUGGUGGAUGAAAACCUGAGCUGGUACCUUGAGGACAACAUUAAGAUCUGCUCUGAUCCAGCUGGAGUUGAUGAAGAAGACCCAGACUUUGAGGAGUCAAAUCUGAUGCAUGCUAUUAAUGGCUUCAUGUUUGGUAACCUGCCCGGAAUCAAGUUAUGCCAGCACCGUGCAGUAGCCUGGCAUUUGUUUGGCAUGGGAAACGAGGUGGACAUCCAUUCUGCCUUCUUCCAUGGGAAUACACUGCUGGACCGUGGCCACCGCACCGACGUCCUCAGCCUGUUCCCGGCCACGUUUGCCACAGCUGAGAUGGUCCCGAAAGCAACAGGAAAGUGGUUGCUGACCUGCCAGGUUAAUGACCACCUACAGGCUGGGAUGCAGGCUUUCUAUGAAGUGCACGCAUGUGACAGUGAGGCCGGCUCCACGUUGAUGGGUGGUGUUGUGAGGAACUACUACCUGGCAGCAGUGAAAGUUUUGUGGAAUUAUGGUCCAUCAGGAAAGGAUCUGAUCAAUGAUGUGCCCCUCAUUAAAGCCGGCAGUGCAUCAGAGACGUUUUUUGGGACUGAUGGUGGAAGGCUCGGAGGAAAUUACAUGAAAGUAGUGUACAAAGAGUACAUGGACAGUACCUUCACCACCCUAAAGCCGCAAACACCUGAAUCUACACACUUAGGGAUGUUGGGUCCAGUCCUGAGGGCAGAGGAAGGAGACACACUCAGAGUGACAUUCCUAAAUAAAGCUGACAGAAACUACAGUAUCCAGCCUCAUGGCCUGCACUAUGAGAAACAAUUUCAGGGAAGCAGCUAUGAGGACGGUGUUGACAAGCCAGGCUCUCACGUCAGUCCAGGGGAGAACUUUACCUACACCUGGCAGGUACUAGAGGGUCCUUCUUCAUCUGAUUCUCCCUGUAUCCCCUACCUGUACUACUCUGCCACUGAUCCCGCCAAGGACACCAACGCUGGAUUGGUGGGACCUCUGCUUGUGUGCAAGAAGGGAACGCUUAGGGAUAACGGAACCCAGGAGGGUCUGGAUAAGGAGUUCUUCCUAAUGUUUUCUGUCAUGGAUGAAAACAUGAGCUGGUAUUUGAAGGAAAAUAUUGAUUCUUUUGGCACCAAUGAGACAAACAAAGAAGACGAGGACUUUGAGGAGAGCAAUUUGAUGCAUGCUGUAAACGGACUAAUGUAUGGGAACCUUCGCGGACUGGAGAUGUGUGCCGGGGACAGGGUUCGGUGGUACACCUUUGGGCUGGGUACAGAGGUGGACAUCCAUGGUGUUUAUUUCGAGGGGAACACCUUCAAGAAGCAGAGCACAACACGUGACACUAUCAGCCUGUUCCCUCACACCACUGCUACUGCCGACAUGCAGCCAAACGCUCCAGGUGUGUAUGAGGUGAGCUGCAGAGUAACAGACCACUUCUCAGCUGGCAUGAGGCAGCAGUACAAAGUGAAUCUCUGCCCGCAACACAAACUGAAGCUCACACACACAGGAGGGCCAACCAAGAUUGUGCAGUAUUUUAUCAGUGCUGAAGAAAUAGAGUGGGACUAUUCACCUUCGAGACAAUGGGAGCUGGAGAAACACCAUGCCACAUUCGAGGACAGUCCAGGGACUAUAUUUGUGGGGAAAGGGAAAAACAGAAUCGGCCCGCGCUAUAAGAAGGUGGUGUACAGAGAAUACACCGACGAGACCUUCAAAGUUCAGAAGAAAAGGCAGCCCAACCAAGAACAUUUGGGAAUUAUGGGUCCAGUAAUCAAAGCAGAGGUAGGAGAGCAGAUUGUGAUCACAUUCAAGAACAAAGCCAGUCGGCCAUACUCAAUUAGCGCCCAUGGAGUGAAGGCCAGCGGGGCUCACAUUCCUGUCAAACCUGGUCACAUAAUCGAGCUGACGUGGGAUGUUCCUGAAAGGUCUGGUCCAGGGGUCUCAGAUCCUAACUGUAUCUCUUAUGCCUACUACUCCAAUGUUGAUUUCAUUAAGGAUCUGUACAGUGGUCUUCUUGGGCCUCUGGUGAUAUGCAGGCCUGGGACUCUGCAGCACGGCGAGGGGCCCGACAGACAGAGGGGCGAUGUAGAGAAGGAGUUUGCGCUACUCUUUAUGGUGCAUGACGAAAACCAGUCCUGGUACUUGAAAGACAACAUCAGAAAAUACCUCGGUGUCAAUCCCAAUACCUUCGUGCCUGACGAAGAGUUUGCGGAGAGUAACAUGAUGCACGGGAUCAAUGGUAAGCUGUACGGUAACCUCCAUGGUUUGGUGAUGUUCCGGGGCCAAAAGGUUGACUGGUAUCUACUGGGCAUGGGCAACGAAGUGGACAUGCACACCGUUCACUUCCAUGCUGAGACUUUUACCUACAAGACCGACCGUGUGCACCGUGCAGAUGUCUUUGAUCUCUUCCCUGGGACUUUCCAGACUGUAGAGAUGGUUGCCGGGAACCCAGGGACUUGGUUGCUCCACUGCCACGUGACUGACCACAUCCAUGCUGGCAUGGAGACCACUUUCACCAUUGAAGUUCCAGAAAAACCCUCACAUGCGCCAAGAACUGAAGGUUCCAUAAAGACGCUGCUGGUCUUGCUUGCACUUGGUCUCGUGGUUGUAGGUGGACUGAACUGAUGAAGGGACUCUAACACUGUGUAUAAACACAACUGUGGUCAGUAAUGCACUUAAAAUAUCCAGGGACAAAAUCACUGUUGCUUUGUGUGUUUGGUGGGGCUUAUGUAUGUAAAUAUCAAAUACUGAUCAUAGCAGGCAAACUAUAUCAAGGGAUGUACACUUAUGUAUAAAUUUGAGGGUUAUUUUAUUUUUAGUACUAAAUAAGCCUUUUAUACUGAUGUAUUGUUUCUAUGUUGCCAUUUUCUGGCAUGUUGCACUGUGUUUAAUGCUGUUAGUUUUGCAAAGCAUUGCUGUACCAAAAAUUUGAUUUCUGUGAUGAAUGUGCAAUAAAGACAUUUAUUCCACUGUGUUAUGA